AUGGAGAAAUAUGAAAACAUCAAGCAAGUGGGGGAAGGAGCAUUUGGGCAGGUGUACAAGUCAAGACGAAUAUCUGAUGAUGAAAUAGUGGCGAUCAAAAAAAUGCCUGUAGACAAGGAGACUGGAUUUCCAUUUACUGCCAUACGUGAGAUAAAGCUAUGUAAAGCAAUGUGCAACAAACAUAUCAUCAAGCUGAACGAAAUUAUUUUUGAUGAUGGCUUUGUUUUUGUUGUGCUUGAGUAUAUGCCUUAUGAUUUAACAGGGCUUCUUGCAUCAGGUGCCGAUCUAAGUGUUGAUCACACAAGAUCGAUUCUUUCGCAGCUUGUAGAAGCAGUGAGUGCAAUGCACGCUUUACGACUGGUUCAUAGAGAUAUAAAGCCCAGCAACAUCCUGAUAGACCGUUUUGGAGUACUGAAACUUGCAGACUUUGGACUAACAAGAGAAGUAUCUGGAAUAAUGACUAACAGAGUGUGUACACUUUGGUACAGAGCACCAGAGCUUCUUCUUGGAGAGACAUCAUACGGAUUCAAGGUUGAUGCCUGGUCAAUAGGCUGCAUAAUGCUAGAAAUGAGGCUGCAUAGGCCUCCUUACCGGGGUUGUGAUGAAGUGUCUCAGAUCAGAUUGAUAUUUGAUGAUCUAGGAAUUCCAAAGGACAAGUACAAAUGGACAGACAUGCUUGAAGUAGAGGCCUAUUCAAAGCCAAAGCCUACAGGAGAAAUCAUCUCGCAGAAAUAUGGGCAUUUGUUCAAUGAAGAAGAGCUUGAGAUUCUUUCUGGGUUUCUGUGCCCUACCAGUAGAGAAAGACUAACAGUGGUCAAUGCAGGGCAAUUCCCCAUCAUCUCGAGUUUUAAGAAUACAUAUAUCCCUAUGGAUUUUGAGGAGUCUCAUGAGCUUUAUACAAAAGACAAGAAAGAAGCAAGCAAGCUUUAG